UAGGAACAACAUGUAGCUCGGAGUGCAGAAUCAAUGCCAGUUAAAUAUUUAGCUAAUGUUCUACAGCACUAGUUGCUCGCUUUUAUAUUAUUGAUAGUACUUUUAUAGAUACCAAAAUUGAUGAAGAAGAAUGAUAUGGUCCAGUUCCACUGUUAUUUAGCUUCAUCCUAUGAUCACACAACAUUCUGUUUUCAUCAAUCUUCCAAAAACAAAAAUGAAACUAUUUUACCUCAUUUUUCUUUGCCUCUUAUCAUCCUCACAUGCCAACUCAUUAUCAGAUUUCCGAGCCUUAAUGGACUUAAAAGCUUCGAUGGUCGGCCCUAGCAGCUCUGGACUCCAGGACUGGUUUGCCAACUCAUCAUCGUCUUCUCCAUCAGCACACUGCAGAUUCACUGGAGUUAAGUGUGACAAUAAUUCAAGAGUUGUUGCUCUUGAUAUCUCAAAUAUUCCCCUCUUUGGUAUCGUACCUCCAGAAAUCGGACUUUUAGAUAAACUUGUUACCCUAGUUCUCUUCUCAGACAAUCUCACUGGUCCAUUACCACCAGAGAUGUCCAACUUGGUCUUGCUCAAGUUGAUUAACAUUUCCUAUAAUUUAUUUAACGGUGACUUUCCUGGUGAAAUAGUGGUUAAUAUGAAGGACCUAGAAGUGUUCGAUGCUUACAACAACAACUUCACUGGGAGCCUUCCCACAGAAUUUGUAAGUUUGAAUAAUCUAAAAUCUCUGUCACUCGGUGGAAAUUAUUUCUCCGGAGAGAUUCCUGAGGCCUACUCUAGGUUUCUGGCUCUGGAGACCUUAGCUUUACAAGGCAAUAGUCUCCAAGGAUUAAUUCCGCCAAGUUUAUCUCGUUUAUCUACACUUCAGAUUCUCAGACUAGGUUACUUUAAUAUGUUUCUUGGUGGAAUUCCUCCGGAGUUUGGAUUUUUGAGUUCUCUUCGACUUUUGGAUAUUGGCGGUGCUAAUCUGACAGGGGAAAUCCCUGCGAGUUUAGGGAAUCUGAAGUUGUUACAUACAUUAUUUCUUCAGUCUAAUUUUCUCACAGGCAAACUUCCUCCAGAACUCUCUGGUUUGGUUAGUUUGAUGAUAUUGGACUUGUCGUUGAAUCAACUUACUGGUGAAAUUCCACUGAGUUUCGUUGCACUAAAUAAUUUGACUACGAUAAAUCUGUUUCAUAAUCAAUUUGUUGGACCUGUUCCGGAUUUCAUCAGUGAUUAUCCUAAUCUGGAAUCGCUCGCUAUUUGGGAUAAUAAUUUCAGUUUUGAAUUGCCAUCGGCUCUCGGGAGUAAUGGCAACUUGAAGCAGGUUGAUGUUAGUGGAAAUCAUCUUACAGGGGUGAUACCAAAGCAUUUGUGCAAAGGAGGCAGAUUAAUGUUUUUAAUUUUAAUGCAAAAUUAUUUCACUGGAUCCAUUCCGAAUGAGCUAGGGAACUGUAAGUCGUUGAUUCGUAUACAAAUUCAGAAUAAUUUCUUCAAUGGUUCCAUUCCUGCAGGAUUCUUCAACAUGCCAGCACUAGAAAUUUUAGAGCUCAAUGGUAACAAUUUUUCUGGUGAACUUCCUGUGGAUAUUUCGGGUAAUAAAUUUCAGAGUCUUGUUAUUAAAAACAAUAUGAUCUCUGGGAAAAUUCCUCCGGCUAUUGGCAAUUUGGUGAAGUUAGAACGAUUAGAGCUUCAAGUGAACAACUUUUCAGGGGGUGUUCCAGAGGAAAUUUCCAAUUUGAGGAUGCUCAUGACUAUCAACAUUAGCGCCAACAACUUAACUGGUGAUAUUCCGGCCUCAAUUGCUCGUUGCACCAAACUCAUCUACAUUGAUCUAAGUCGAAACAGAUUGAAUUCUGAACUUCCUUCCCAACUUUCAAUGUUACCAGAUCUCAGUGUGCUUAAUUUGUCUCAAAAUCGAUUGAGCGGUGAAAUUCCACGUGAAUUGGCAUACAUGAAGGGCCUAACAAUAUUGGACCUCUCCUACAACAAUUUCUCUGGCAGGAUUCCAGUGGAUUGGCAACUCAAGGGCUUCAGCGACGAAAUCUUGGCCGGGAACCCAAACCUCUGUACCCCUGACAAGAUGAAUUGUCCUCUUGUCACCAAUUCAUCAAACGCCUCUCACAGAACUAUCACUUUUAAUCUCUUUAUCAUUUUAAUCAUAUUAGUCUUUGUGCUUUAUUCGUGGUAGUAAGUGGAAACUUUUCUCUGAAGAAGGGGGAGCCAAGAGGAAGCUUGAGAAGUGCAUCCAAAAGGCAUGAUUUUAAAGCUGAGGAAGUUAUUAAAAUUUAAAUGAUGCCGGGAAAUGGACAAGUCCAGGUACUAUGUUAUAUUAUAACCAAGAUUUUUUGUGGUGUUAUAUAAUUAAACGUGAUGUUAUAUAAUA